AAACUUGAAGCUGACAUUCUUGAUGCCAAAGCAAGCAAGGAACAAGCUCUUCAGGAGUUACAGGAGCAGCGACAGCAGUUUACAGAAUUAGACCUGCGAGCAGUAGAACUGAGUAAACAGCUUGAAGCAGCAAGAGAAGCGAUGUCUAAUGCUAAAUUGGAUUUGCGGAAGAAAUCUGAGGCCCUUGAACAAGCAAAACAGCAAAUUUCAGAGCAGGAGGAGGAGAAGGCCAGCCUCAAACAAAACCUUGAGAAAUCAUGUCAAGAUACAAGUAAACAACUCAAGGAAUUAAACUGUAAAAUGCAAGCAAUAUCAUCAGAAUUGCAACAAGUGAAAUUAGAGAAAGAUACUCUAUUAAAGGACCUUACAGCUACCAAAGACAAGCUCUCAAAAAGUUCUGAAUCCUUCAAAAAAAGAAAGGAGGAAUUAGAAAAGGAAAUACAAAAAGGAAAAGCAGCUGUGGCAGAAAUGGAAAAAUCUUAUCAAGAAGUAAAACACCAACUCCAGGUACAAACAGAGUCUGUAGCUGAAGAGAGGAAUGAAUUGAAAAGCUCACUGGAAAAAAAAGAGGGGAUUUCUAAGCAGUUGUCGAUAGAACUUGAUUCAGCACGAGCGCAAGUCCUGGAAAUUCAGGGUCUUCUGAAGGAGAGAGAAAAAAGCGAGCAACAUCUCCAGGGAAGGCUGAGGGAGUUAAAGGAAUCUUUUGAGCAGAAGAAAAAACACAGUGAGACGCUGCAAGUUGAAUUAAAAACUGCCCUUUUAGAAAAGGCAGAACUGGAGAAUAAACUGCAACAGCAGUCUAUUUUGUCAGCACAGGAGCUUAAAACAGAGAAAGUCAAGGUAGCAGACUUACAGAAGACCAGUGAAAAACAUAAGGAAAACUUGGAGAAGCUGCAGCUGGACCUUUAUGGGAAGGAGUCUGAGCUGCUGGCAACCAGGCAAGACCUCAAGUCCACAGAAGAAAAACUUGCUCUAGCUCAAGAAGAAUUAGUUUCCAGCAGAAAUCGAAUUGCUAGCAGUAAUCAGCAGAUUCAGGAACUGAAGAAAGCAAAGUCCACGCUGGAGCAAGAUGCAUCAAAGAAGGAGCAGCAGCUGGGUGAGAAGACCAAAAUGUUACAGGAUCUUCAGAAUGACAGGAUUUUGAAAGAGAAAGACUUGGCUAAUGAAAAAUGUAAAACAACAGAGCUCCAGGAAAUAAGGAGUAGACUUGAAAAAGAAAGUGUCAAGCUGGGCGAAGAGCUUAGAGCCUGCAAGCAAGAAUUUGAGAAGGAGGUGGCAAAUCUCAAGGAUGCAAAACAGCUAUUGAUUCAACAAAAAUUAGAGCUGCAGAACAAAAUAGAUAAUGUCAAUUCAGCUCUGGAACAGGAGAAGAAAGAGCACCAAGCUGUCAAAGAUCAGUUGAAAAAGAGGGAAGAGGAGCUGAAGAAAGAAUGUGCUGAAAUUGAGGCUAAACUGCACACAGAGAAAAAAGAGAAAGAAGAAGAAAACCGGAAACGUGAGGAAAAGGAGACCAAGCUCACCAUGCAGGUCACAGCCCUGAAUGAAAACCUGGCUACCAUGAAGAAGGAAUGGCAAAGCAGCCAGAGGCGUGUGAGUGAGCUGGAGAAACAGACGGAUGAUUUGCGGGGGGACAUUGCUGUCUUGGAAGCAACAGUGCAGAAUAACCAGGAUGAGAGACGAGCGUUGCUGGAGAGGUGUUUAAAAAGUGAGGGAGAAAUUGAAAAGCUUCAAGCCAAACUUGUAGAAAUGAAGAAAAAGCUGGACAACACUACUGCUGCAAUGCAGGAACUUGGCCGAGAAAACCAGUCAUUACAGAUCAAACACACACAAGCUCUCAACAGGAAGUGGGCAGAAGACAAUGAGGUACAGAAUUGUAUGGCCUGUGGAAAAGGCUUUUCGGUGACAGUGAGAAGGCAUCACUGUAGACAGUGUGGAAAUAUCUUCUGUGCCGAGUGCUCAGCAAAGAAUGCCUUAACUCCUUCUUCCAAGAAGCCUGUCCGAGUCUGUGAUACUUGCUUUAAUGACUUGCAAGGAUAACUGGCUAUCGUGAGUGACAAAGAAAUGUUACACUAAAAUUCAUAGUUUCUGUUGAUGCACUUCACUCGGCACUCAGACUACUAUUCAGUUUGGACAAUGAUUGUAACACUUCGCAAAAUUUAGUAUAUUUUAAAAUGUUUAUUGAUACCAAGUAAACUAUUGUAUUUUUUGUGAGACAUGGGCUCAGAUCAUCCAUAGCUUAUUGCCAUUUAUCCUGGAAAGAGCUUCUAUGUCUAGAUUAGAAACACCCAGUUAUUUGUAAAUAAAAUUUAAACAGAGGAGUAA